UUUUCGAUUGGUCGAACCAUUUGACUAAUCAUAAAUGUUGUUUCAAUGUAGACACAGUUAAUAGAUUACCAUGGCAGCCGCGAAGCCAUUGCUUUCCGUUGACUUCGAAGUUUUUGGCAAAGUUCAAGGAGUCUUCUUUCGCAAGCAUACCCAGGAAACAGCACGUAAGCUGGGACUUGUGGGAUGGGUAGAGAACACUCAAAACAAAACUGUGAUUGGGCAAGUGCAGGGUCAACAAGAAAAAGUAGCUGAAAUGAAGAAAUGGCUGAAAACCAAGGGGAGUCCAAAGUCCAAGAUUACAAAGUGUGACUUCAAAAAUGAAAAGACUGUCAGCACUCUGGCCUUUAAGGUCUUUGAGAUUAAAAAAUAGACAGCAAGUUGGUCAUCUCCAGUUCACUUUCAGACUGCAUUCGUUAAAAUGUGUUCAGAUGGUUUCCCUUAUAGCAUCCUGAUCAUUUGCGUACAUCUUGUUGUUAUUAAAAAUGAUAUUAUAAAAUUAUUAUAUUAAUAACUUAAUAUUAUAUGAGCACAUCAUCAGUCAUUAUCCUGCCUGCUAUACAUUACUUUGUCCCUGAUAGAUUAUAAUUUCAGCAUUAACUUAACCUACAGAUACUAAAAGGAUGUUUCAUUGGUGUUCCAUUUAUGCCAGCACUUAGCUAUCACAGUUGAGUGGUUUUUGAUGUUGUACAAUGACCCCUACAAAGGCUAUGUCACACUGAGCUUCCCCCAGCCUUGUAAGCAGAUGUUAUAGCCUAAAAAGAAAAUAUUUAUGAACAAUAGCAACUUAAAAUGUUAUAAUUUAAAAGCAAACAAAUGCAUAGAAUGAAUAAUAACAAUAAUAAAAAACCCAAAAUGUCCAUA